AUGAAAGAGUCUGUAGUUGUUGAUGGUGUUAAUAGUGGCAGCAGAAAGAGAAAGGAAGAGGAUGAUGAUGAUGGUAGCAUUAAUGAUGAUGGUAGUACUGAACAGCUCGGUCAUAAAAGAGUGAAACAACCAAACAAUGAUGACGUAGAGGAAGGUGAACUUGAUGAAUUUGCGACAUCAACACCACCCAUUCCACCGACUGGAAACAUCGACAAUCAUCAAUCAUCCUCCAAUGCAGGCUAUAAAAACAAUAAUAAUAAUAAUAAUAAUAACAACAACAAUACUAUGAAUAGUCCAUCAAAAGGUUCAUCUAAUCAAUCGUUUUCACCAUCUCGAUAUAGAGAUAACAGAGAUAGUAGAGAUAACAGAGAUAGAGAUACCAGAGACUAUAAAUCAUAUGACAGAGAUAGAAGAGAGGAUCGAGAUAGAGAUAGAGAUAGAGACAGAGACAGAGAAAGAGAGAGAGAAAAAGAAAGAGAAAGAGAAAGAGAAAAAGAAAGGGAAAAGGAAAAAGAAAAAGAAAGAGAAAGAGAAAGAGAGAGGGAAAGAGAUAGAGAUAGAGAUAGAAGAGAUGAUAGACAUAGAUAUGAUAAUAGAGAUAGGGACAGAAGAGAUGAUAGAGAAAGAUAUGAUAAUAGAGACAGAGAUAGAGAUAGAGACUAUGGAAGAGGUGGUAGAGGUGGAAGAUAUGAUGAUAGAGAUAAUAGAGACAGAAGAGAUGAUGAUCGAGAUAGAAACCAUAGAGAUAGAAACAUGAAAGAUACCGGUAGAGGUGGUGGUGGAGGUGGAAGUAGGGAUAACAGAGAUAGAAGAGAUGAUAGAGAUAAUAGAGAUAGAGAUAGUAGAGGCGAUAGUAGAGGCGAUAGAAGAGAUGACAACAGUAGUAGAAAUGGAGAUAGAUCAACAUACUCUUACAAUAAUGAUGGACAGAGAGAUAGUGAAAUGAUAUCAAGCGAGUAUUCAGUUAAAGAUAGUGCAUCAAAGAUUGAAGUAAAGUCAACAUCAUCAUCAUCAUCGAAUUCAUCUACUGAGUUAUCAAGACAGCAACAACAACAACAACAACAAUCAUCAACGAAAAAUAUUGAUAAGAAAGAACCGGCAAUCACCACAAAUUCAUCAACGUCUUCCUCACCAUUGGAUACAGUCGCUGUCAUCACCAAAGAGGACCAAGAGGAAAGAGAGAGACAGAUUCUGGAGGAGAGUAGAUUAAGAAGACAGAGAAUCAGAGAGAAAUACGAACAAGAACAAAUGGAGAAACAAUCGUCAACCUCUGCUACUAUUUCUACAACAACAACUACUACUACAAAAGAGACAAUUGACAAAGAAAAAGAAAAACAAAAAGAUAAACAAAAAGAUGAAGAUGAUACUUUAAGUGAAUUCCAAUGGAUGAAAAGCAAUAAUAAUAAUAACAACGUUGAGAAUGGCGACGGAGAGAAUGAAGACGAAUCGGAAUCAUGUUCAUCCGAAGAAGACUUGCAGAAACGUGGAAAGAUAGAUGUCAACGAUUUGAAAGUUAAAACAAAUGUAUUGGUGAAGACUAGUACUACUACUACACCACCAAUUACCACUACAACAAACAAGAUGUCGGCACCACCUGUUGUUGAUAUGUUUAGCGAUUCGCCAACCGAUGAAUCAGCAGCCGAUCAAAUGGCACUGGAGAUGAACUUGCAAUCCGCUCACAACGCAAACGAUCUGAAUCUCACUGAUAACUGGGACGAUCAAGACGGUUACUACAAGUACAAAGUUGGUGAAAUCAUUGACAAGUAUCAGAUCUAUGCACCGAUCGGUUCUGGUGUGUUCAGUACGGUAGUUACAGCCAAGAAUGUGAACAACAAUGAAGAUGUAGUCGUAAAGAUCAUAAGAAACAGACCGUCGAUGCAUCGUGCCGGUCAGAAAGAAGUUGAAAUACUCCAAAAGAUCAACAACACAACUACAUCCACCAACAACAACACCGCCGCCGCCAACUCUAAAGAUCCACAACACAGAAAUCAUUGUAUUCAAUUCAAAGAUUCAUUUACCUAUAGAAAUCAUCUUUGUAUUGUAUUUGAACCUAUGAGUAUGAGUUUACAUCAGUUGAUAAAGAAGUUUGGUAAGAAUGUUGGUUUGAGUAUGAAUGCUGUUAGAGUGUAUGCAAAACAAUUGUUUAUGGCAUUGAAGCACAUUAGAAACUGUAAGAUUCUUCACUCUGAUAUCAAACCCGACAACAUAGUGGUCAACGAAGCAAAGAACACCAUUAAGCUGUGCGAUUUCGGAUCAGCAGGUGAACCACACGAAUCAGAGAUCACACCCUAUCUCGUUAGUAGAUUUUACAGAGCACCUGAAAUCAUUUUAGGUAUGAAAUAUGAUUAUGCAAUCGAUGUAUGGAGUGUUGGUUGUUGCUUGGGAGAGUUGUAUACCGGUAAAUUCAUGUUCCCUGGCAAGUCUAAUAAUGAUAUGAUCAGAUUGUUCCUCGAGUACAAAGGUCCUUUCACAAAGAAGAUGCUAAAGAAAGCAGAGUUUGUAUCGAAACAUUUCAACGAUUCUUUUGUGUUUAUGAAAGAAGAUCGUGAUCCUGUUGAACAUAAGACAAUGAAAACACCGGUUGAAUUCACAAAACCAACAAAAGAUUUCAUGAACUAUCUCAAUCCUAAUGGAACUGUACUACCAGAGGCUGAAAUGAAGAAACUCCAUCAACUCAAAGACCUCAUUGAAAGAUGUACCACCUUGGAGCCAGAGAAGAGAAUUACACCAACCGAAGCAUUGAAUCAUGAAUUCCUCAGACCCUACUGA